AUGCCAUCGAGCACAGAAACCCCAGGCUCGGCGAAAGAUACAGCACCAGCUAUCCCAAACUUACGAGACCGUCUCCCCAAGAUUGAACCUCGAAGACGACAAGCCCCUCCCUCGAACCCUCUACCCGUCCCUGAAACUCCAGAUUUACCUUCACCUCCAGAUCCAGCGACGAUAAGUUUUCAGAAACCAUCAAGACGAAUCCUAUCGCCUCAGGAUCACGAGCUCUUCCUAUCCUCCCCUGCAUACAAGCUUCUUCUCGCCUUCAUUUUUGGUCUCACAGACUCUGUCGUUGACACUCCUGCAUCUGCGGUUCGAGACGGUGAAGUUAGCCCUUCCGUAACGAAAUUACUCGCCAUUAUAGACAAGGUUGAAGACGUAGUCAAUCGAAGCCCACCAGAGGAUCAAGGAGACUCGAGAUUUGGCAACAAGGGUUUCCGGGAUUUCCUUGACCUGGCAGAUAAGGAGCACGCAGAGUGGCAUAGAGAGCUUGGCUUGUCGUCUGACGAGGCGAUAUCAGAAGUGUCUACGUACUUUCUUCAGGCCUUUGGAAACCGUACACGAAUCGAUUAUGGCUCUGGCCAUGAGCUGAAUUUUAUGCUAUGGCUCUUGUGUCUUUACCAACUUCGCAUUGUCGACCGUUCGGAUUUUUGCGCCCUCGUCCUUAAGGUAUUUACUCGCUACCUCACUCUUAUGAGAAUUAUACAGUCGACAUAUUAUCUGGAGCCCGCAGGCUCACAUGGAGUAUGGGGUCUGGAUGAUUAUCAAUUUCUUCCAUUUCUAUUUGGUUCCUCUCAGCUUUUACACCACCCAUUCAUUCGUCCCCUCUCAAUACACCAAAGUCUUACGCUGGAAGAAUAUGGAAAAGAUUACCUGUAUCUGGGCCAGGUAAACUUCGUCAAUAGCGUCAAGAACGUCGAAGGAUUGAGAUGGCAUAGUCCAAUGCUGGAUGACAUAUCGUCUGCCAAGUCAUGGACGAAAGUCGAAGCAGGCAUGAGACGUAUGUUCGUCACCGAGGUCCUCAAAAAGCUUCCAGUCAUGCAGCAUUUUCUUUUUGGGUCUCUCAUUCCAGCUGUUGAUGGCAUGAACAAGGAGGAAGAGCUCGGAGUGCCAAGCGAGGACGAAGAGACAGAAGGUGGGGAAGUAGUUGUCAUGAAGGACGGCAUGAAGCAUGUUCAUCAAAUGAACAGUUGGGGUGACUGCUGUGGUAUCAAGGUUCCAAGUAGCGUAGCUGCUGCCCAAGAAAUGAAGAAGAGAAUGGGCGGUGGUGGAAAUGGCUUGCGACGAAUCCCAUUUGAUUAA